AUGCAGGAGGAUCAGCCGUUCAAAGUUGCCGUUGUUGGUGGAGGUAUAGGUGGUGCCAGUUCGGCUUAUUUUUUACGAAAAAUGUUUGGCAAUAAAGUUUCUAUUACCGUUUUUGAAAAAUCUGGACGAAUCGGUGGUCGUAUCAAAGCGGUACCUUUUUGUGGAGAAACUUGCGAAUCUGGAGCUAGCGCUAUUCAUUCUAGUAAUCAUUACAUGACUUCGUUUGCAAAUCAAUUCAAAAUACCUUUGGUUCCUUUAAGAAAUGCUGAUCAUCGCUUACUUCUUUUUGAAGAAGGUUAUAAACCAGUAUUUUCAAAUAUUACUGAUCAGACAGCAUUUCUAACGCCGAUUCACUUAUUUUGGCGUUACGGUUUCAACUUGGUUCGUGCAAAGUUUUAUCUAAUGGCUAGAAUUCGAGAAUUCACUCAAAUUUAUACUUUGCAAGAACGUGGUGAAUGUUUCACUUCACCCGGUUUACUAUUAAAAAAAUUAUCUAAACAUUUCCCUGAAAUGACAAAGUGUACUUUUGCUGAAUGGAUGCGUAAAGAAAUUGGAUUAGACGAGAAAUAUAUAAAUGAAUUAGGGUUUGGAAUAUUUUCGAGUAAUUAUUGUCAGAAUUCAGUAGAUGCUCAUGCAUUUGUUGGAGUGAUUUCUUCAGCUUGUACAGUAUCUGAUGUAUAUACUAUUGAAAAUGGAGCUGAACAAAUCCCGCAAAAGUUAGUUGAAGUUGCAUUGGCCGGCAAUCCUUCUGGUGCUCCAAAAGAGUUUAUACACGCUACGGUGAAGAAGAUUACACGAACCGAUAAUGAUAGGUUACGCUUAUCCUAUGAUCUAGCCAAUAAUAAUAAAACUGAAGAGGGACUUUUCGAUUACGUCAUAUUGUCAUUACCACUACAUCAAGAGUCCAAUAUUUCCACUUCAGAUGAUAUUAAACUGCCCAGCUUACGUUAUCAUGAGAUGUGUCGUACAUUUUUAUCCGGUCAAAUCAAUUAUUCAUUAUUUGAUCUACCAUUAAAACAUCUGAAACCCAAUCAGUGGGCAACUUUUCUCCCAAUCUCAAGUUACUACUCAAAUGAAAAGCAUCCUGUAUGUUCUAUAACGCGCUUACCAGUUAAAUCAGAAGACUCAGAUUUGAAAGAUGGUGUUUGGAGUAUAUUUUCUGAAUCAAAAUACAUACCAGACCCAAAGACUGCUUUAUCGAAAUUGAUUUUAAAAUAUCCAGAUGACGAUCACAAUCAAAUUGAUGUUGUACGUUGGCUGGCAUAUCCAACCUAUCAUCCUGUUGGGAUUAAUGUUAAUUUUAUAAGAAGAAUCUUUCUAUUGUACAUUAUUCGGAAUUACUAUAAACUAUCUUAAAACAGAACACACAGUCAAAGAAUAUGCAUACAUUUCUCAUCACAUAUAUUUAAUACAAUAGACGGAUUUUGUUUUUAUUAAUGUGUAACGAAUUCUUUGUUUUUGUU